AUGAUAAAUUAAAAAAAGAUAAAAAUCGAGAGUCGUCAAGAUUGUGAGAAGCAUUAACUUCCAAUUUGUGUAGUAGUAUGGGAUAAGAAUUUAGAUAAGAAUGAAAGAUUGUUUUGUUCAGAAUGUAUGGAUAAUUUAGAAUAUAAUACAAUAAAUGUAAAGAGUUAUGUGAGUGCUAUGUAAUUGGUAGAAUAGACUUAAAGUAAAAGAAGAGAAGAAGUAUCUAAUGUGAUAAUGAUGAGUGUAUUAUAGAUUGAGAAAUUAGAAAAGAGUUUAAAUAUAUUAAAAUAAGGAGUAGUAUAAAGAUUAGAUAAAAUGAUAGAUAUAUGUGGAAAUUGGAUAAAGAAUAUAUAUCAAAUACGAGAAUAAUCAAAAGUAAUAUUAAAUUUUGUUGAUGAAUUGGAUAGCUUAAUAAAUGAAACAAAAGUAGAAUUAGAUUUGAAACUACUAAUAGAUUAAAUAAAUAAGGCUAAUAAAAGCUAAGAGAAUAAAAUAAUAGAAAGAUUAGAAUAAUUUUAAGAAUUUGAAGAAACAAAAUAAUGUGUAGAAUACAUAAAAGGAAUUGAUUAAUUAUAUGUGUCUACAAAAUAAGAAGAGUAAAGUUUAGAUGAUAAUUAACAAUAUGAAUUAACAUAAGUAAGAGAUGAUUAAGAUUAAGAAUAAUAUUAAGAGUAAUAAAAAUAAUCAUAAACAGAAGAGAAUGCUGAAUUUAAUUUAAUAGAUGAUUAUCAUUAUUAGAAAGGAGAUUGUUAAGUAAUGGCUUUUAAUAAAAGUGGAUCAAUAAUGAUAUCUACUGAAAAUACAAGAAUUAAAAUAUGGAAUUAUAAUUAAGGUAAAUUAAAAUUAUUAGAUUCUUUUUGGAUUCAUAAAAAUUAGAUUACAUGUUUGGUAUAUAGCAAAUAGACAGAUAGUUUUGUAUCUGGUUCAGAUGAUAAGACAAUAAUUUGUUGGUAAUAAAAGAAUUAAAAUGGAUUAGAAUGGAUUCAUUCAUUUCCAUAUUAAUAACAUACUGGAUAUGUUAAUUGUUUAUUAUUAAAUAAAGAUGAAGAUCUUCUUUUUUCAGGUGGAUCAGAUAAAUCAAUAAAUGUUUGGCAUUCAAAUUUUAAAAAUAAUCAAUUAAUUUAUCUUUAUUCACUUAAUGAACAUUCUAGAACUGUUCUCUCUUUAUCACUUAAUUAAUCAGAAACUUUACUUGCCUCAUGUGGUUAUUAAGAAUUUAUUAUCUGGAGUAAAACUUUUAGAGAUAAAGAAAAAUUUGAAUUACUCAAAUAAUAAAAUAAUAUUAUGAACACCACUCAAUUUGAAUAACUUAAAUAGAAUUAAUUACCUUAUUUCUAACCUGAUAAAUAAUAAUUUUCAAAAAGUUAAUAGAAAUUAUUAAUACCUAAUGGAUGUAAAAUAUAAUUUAUUACUGAUUCUUAAUUUAUAUGGGUCACAGAUGAUAAAUCCAUUAAUUAAGUCUUAGUAUUUGAAUUAUAGGAUGACAAAUUUAUACUCUAAAAUGAUAAAACUAUUGAAUUAAUAGAAAAUUAACAAUCAGAUGACUAAUACUAUUUCCCCAUUGUUUAUAAUCAAGAUAAAUAACUAAUAUUGAUUAGACAUAAACAUCAUAUUUAUCUUAUCAAAAAUGUUCAAGAUGCCAAAUUUAAUAUCUUAGCAUCUAAAAAUUGUGGAACUGCUUAUAAUUAUGGUACUAUGACAGAUGAUGCAAAAUAUUUAGUAUCAUGGGAUAAAAGUUAAAAGAAAUAUUAAUCUUUUGAAAUUACAUAAUCAAUGUUUCUUCUUCACUUACUAAUCUUUAAUUUUUAUCUCAAGAUAAAACAUUAUUGUUAUUAUCUACACAAAAUAUUUAUUAAAAGAAUUUAUAACUAAUAAUUAUAUAUGGUCUUAAUGAUAUUGAUUUUAUGUUAAGACCUAGAGAAGUUUUCAUAUUAAUAAUGA